UAAUAUUUCAGCUAUCCUUAGUUAUCGACCAGUUGUUUGUGAGUUAAUGGGAAAGGCGCAGGCAGGGUUGUUUACUCCUGUCAGACCAGCAGACAGACAGAACAGGAGGAUGGGUGGCAGGAUGUCUGUCAGAGUCAAUUAUAUUUAAUGAGAUGCAGAGUGACCAGAGCUCCUGAUUGCUGCCGGACGACACAGAGAACCUCUAUGUGGCUAGAAUAUUUCCAGGAUGUGACACUGAACAACAUUACAUACUGGGUGGAGAUCUGUAGCACGUCACUGGUAAAACUGAGAGACAUUUUCCCAGUGGAUCAUUGCAGUAAUCAUAGUUCAACAUGAUGGUUCUUCUCGAUGAUUCACAACCUUGUUUGUAUGCAUAAUCCCUUGACACUGACCGUAGACACAUAAUUAGAUAUUUUGUUGUUUUCAAAACAAUAUGCUUGGCUAACUGGAGUUGAAUACUCUGUGGCUAAAUUUGACAGGGGGGGGGCUGCUUGUUGUGUAGACAGAUCUUGAUGGGUCUGUGAUGAAAGGAACAGAGCAUUACACUAUCUGCUGCUACAAUGGGCAGGAGAGAGAUAGGGAACUGUGCUCACACGCCACUGUAGCAGCUGUAAAGAGGCUGAUAUGCAGAUUAGAAGGGUCUGGCCAGGCCGACACGCCUGGCCAAAGAGACACAUUACAAAACACCAGGUUUACGAGCAUCGCAAAGGAGAUUGUGGGAAGGAAGGCCUGCUCAUUGCAACUGUGUUAUCAGGGAGUGGAUGCAUUUCAAUGAGGAUGACUGAGAAUGAUAGAGAGAAAAUGAAAGGGAGGAAUGAAUGCUUAAACAUUAGGUACAAGAAUAACAAUGACCAACCUCUUCACUUGCAUGCUAUUUGAAAAAAACCUGUUUCCUAUCACUCUUCUGAUCAGGUCAUUUAUCCUUGUGACAGACAGGUUUGAUAGUGUUAUGCAAAAUAUGUUCACCUUGUUCACUUUCCCAAGCAAAACACCUGAAUGAGAACCUAAGGGCAGAACUGAGGUGUAUGUAUCUAUCUAUAGUCGAUAAGUAGUUAAAACAGUAAAACCUGAUGUAGAAAAAAAUCACACUUAAGAUAUUCCGUCUGUCUUCAUCAUGAGUGACAACAAAAAUAUCAGAUUUCAUCUGUUGCUGUGAAACCUGUGAAUAAACAAACAUACAGAACACCAUAGCUUGAUUUAUAGUUUCCACAUCUGUAUGUCUACAGGGGUCUGUAAGUGUCCCUGUGACAUAAAAUGUAUCAUCUGUCCAUGUGUGGAAGGGUCCAUGUGGAAAAUAUGGCCUGACAAAUGUGUGAAUAGAUCUGUUUAGCAGACAUCCAGUGUUUUAUAAACACAGCUGUGCAUGCUUCUACUAUCUGUUUCCACUUUUGCUCUAAAUCUGAGCCUUAAUUUAAAAAAAAAAAAAAAGGGUGCUCCAAUUAUUUAGUUGUUUAGAUUAUUUAGUUUUACACCCCAUUAAGGUGUAUGACUUACAAGAGAGAUUUAAAAAAAAAAAAAAAAAAAAAAGGUUAAAAUUGUAGCAGCAGAGGUUGAGAAAUCCUAACUUUAGUCCUCAGUAUGGCUCAAGGUGCAAAAACACUGGGUCCUACAUUUCCCAUACAGUGCACUUCGAUGGCGUUCUUCCUUAAAGCCUCCCCUGCCUCCAAAAUGUCCAUAUCUGUCAAACCCAUACCUCCAGUUCAUAAAGGAGGCUUUCUGUUAAAAAUAAAAGAAUAAUAAAAGUCUUAUGCCCAAACUGAAAUAACCCUGAUGACAUCAUCUGGGUUAAUUUUAUUUCAGUCACCAUUACAGCUGUAUAUCCUAUUCCUUCUCAUGACGAAAUCAGUUGAGUGCCCCUUUCAUUUAGGAGAAACAGUCAUGUAAUUAAAUUUUAUUUGAUUUAGCUGAGGACCGUGACAUCUCCCCGAGGGACCUCUGAAGGUCCACUCACCAUAGUUUGCCUUCUCCUGAUUUACCGUGUUUUAUGAUACAUUUAGAUAGGUACUGCAUGUUGUAGUGAGGCGCGCGGCCACCACCUCCCCUCUCUCAGUGUCCGUGGGAAGGAGGAGUUUAACCCCACAUUGUCUGGGAGGAGUCCGCAGUCUCUUGGCGCUCCGUCCCAGGAACAUUUGGUCUGGAAACAGAGGAAUCGUGGAAGUACACUCCAAGAAAAUCCAAUUUUUUAUGUGUCUGUUAAAUGCAGCAGCGCUAUAUUUAGCUUUCGCAAAGAGGGAAACACGUGAAUACGCAGCGAAGAAUGUUUUAUCAGAGGCAACAUUAGCCGAUGAGCCAGACGACGGAGGAAUGAGUUUGUCCUAAGAAAUGAGGCGCAGAGAACCGUGCAUAGGAACUCCAAUCUGAGACGAGACUUUCAGGCAGGCAGAGAUGGGAAAUUCAGAGAGCCAGUACAGCAUCCAGGGCCCCAAAGGCACCAGCUUUGUCUUCCCUGGGAAACAGAAGCCAUAUUCACUGAAGCUCCGCUCAGCCAAAGACGACGCUUUGUCACCCCACACGUGGUGGAAAAGCGCACCAGUAGGCUCAGGGUACAAGGCCAGGUGUGUCGGCCGUGGCUGUUUGUCCCCUGCUAAAAGCCGACAGCCGUACUCUGCUCGGCACUACGACUAUGUCACCAAGGGCGCGAGGGGCAGCCCAAGUGAACAUCGCUGGCAUCGGUCCCCUGGAUGUGGUAUACGAAGGCGUCAUAUGUCAGAUGAGUAUGAAGAUAAUCCGUACGGGACUGAGCUUAAUGGGCACACCCUGAAUGGACACAGUGAUGAACAUGAGGCUUUAGAGGAACAGAGCAGCCCGCGGGUGGUGAUCAAGAAGGAUGGCAGUCUGAGGGUGGAGUUCACCAACACCUCUGGGAACCCACUCCUCCUGGAUGAGGCUUCUGGCCCUGUACAACUCCUCAAGUUCUCUCCCAACGUGGAGUCUGCCUCAACUCCCAGUCUGCCUGGUUCCAGUGGUAGUAGGCAGGAUGGCCACCGCAGCGGUCCGCCGCCGGCCUCUACCUCCUCCACGGCCAGGACCAGCAAGGGAAGUUCACUGAGCUCUGAUGGCUCAUGGUACGAUUCCCCCUGGGGGCAAAGCACAGAGGUGUGUGAGCAAGACCAACCCUGCUCUGCCAGCAGGACGCUAGGUCACUCCCCCAUCCACCAGCUCGACUCUUUCACUGAACAGUCUCCCCCUGUGUCUAUCGCAGACCUAUACAGGGACUCCACAAUGGCUGCCACUUUUCCUACAGCCAGGGACCUGUCCUCCCAGUUACAGGACCCUCUGCCAGGCCCGAGGCCACACCGGGCCUCCUUCGCAUCCGUCCUGGAUGUGCCCUUGGAGGAAGAAUGCCCUGAAGUCCGACAUUACUCUUCAUACACCCUGCCUUGUCGCAGGCCCAAAGCCCACACCCUGAGCGAGGACCUAGACCACUACCCUGACCAGGAACAGCACCAGGACCAGGGUGCGCCAGAUUUCGUCUUCCACAAGAAAGACUCCAUCAAAAACCGCAUCAGACGCCUCAGUGACUGGACAGGCAGUCUCAGCCGCAAGAAAAGGAAGUCUCAGGAAACCAGGUACAAGGACCUGAGCGAUGCGUUUGACAGUGGAGUCGACGGCCUGACGGCAGACACCAGCUCCCCCUCACAGGUCUCCAGCCUCCUCUGGUUCCCUGGAGCGUCCAGGGCCCAAUCUUCAGGAGCCAUUCACCAAACAACCAGCGAUGCCCUCCGCCAGAACAUUUAUGAGAACUUCAUGAGGGAGUUGGAGACAGGCACUGGACAGGGCGGAGGGGGAGGGGGCGAGAGGAGAGACCCGUCCACUGGCACCGAAGAGGGGGAGAGCAGCAGCGAGUCAGCGGAGGGCUCCCUGGAGCAGCUGGACCUACUGUUUGAGAAGGAGCAGGGUGUGGUCCGACGGGCCGGAUGGCUUUCUUUUAAACCCCUUGUCACACUGCACAAGGACAGGAAGCUGGAGCUGGUGAACCGCCGCAAGUGGAAGCAGUACUGGGUGACCCUGAAAGGAUGUACAUUGCUGUUCUAUGAGACUUAUGGUAAAGGUUCUCCGGAGCAGGAGCUGUCGCCUCGCUACGCUCUCUUGGCCGAAGACAGCAUUGUCCAGGCCGUUCCUGAGCAUCCCAAAAAGGAGAAUGUCUUCUGCCUUAGCAACUCAUACGGAGACGUCUACCUCUUUCAGGCCAGCAACCAGACCGACCUGGAGAAUUGGGUGACAGCAAUCCACUCUGCCAGUGCCUCGCUGCUGGCCAAGCGCCAGGGGAAGGAGGAUACGGUGCGUCUGCUGCGGAGCCAGGUCCGAGGCCUGCUGCAGAAGAUCGACAUGGAUGGAAAGAUGAAGAAGAUGGCUGAGCUGCAGCUGACUGUGGUCAACGACCCAAAGAACCGCAAAGCUAUUGAGAACCAGAUCCAGCAGUGGGAGCAGAACCUGGAGAGGUUUAACAUGGAUCUCUUCAGGAUGCGAUGUUACCUGGCCAGUCUACAGGGUGGAGAGCUGCCCAACCCAAAGAGCCUGCUAGCUAUCGCCAGCCGCCCCACCAAAACCACCCUGGGACGCCUGGGGAUCUUCUCUGUCUCCUCCUUCCAUGCCCUGAUCUGUUCCAGAGAUGAGGCCACACUCAGGAGGCGCUCAUUGUCCCUGACUUAUAGACAGCGCAAGAGAGGACUUUUCUCCUCGCUCAAAGGCCUCGACAACCUUACAAAGAGAGGCCGGGACAAGAGGCCGUCUGCAUCACAGAUCUUUGACGGCGACGCUGGAGGUCAAACUUACGCCUUGCCUCCCAGGAGCACUGAGAGGCUGGAUGUGCUGACCAGCAUCUACUCCAUGUCGCCCCCCGAGGGCGGUGUGUGGGACAGCAUCAGUUGUGCCACGGACAUGCUGACGUGUGUCUACAUGCCAGACGGCCUGACAGUCCAAGUUCCCGUCAGAAGAGACCAGACAGCCGCCGACCUUCUCUCUGCAGCCUGCAAGGUGAAACAGCUGGAUCCGGGCCUGCACUGCCUCCGACUGCACAGGCGAGCAGGGCAGGACGCGGAGGUUCGAUACGUGGCGGCCGGAGAGCUCGUCCACGAUAUGUUCAAUGAUCAGUUGGAGGUUUCCCCAGUCAAUGUGUUUACACUGCACAUGAGCAGGCCGAGCGCCACCGGAGACUUCGGUUUUGCAGUAACAGGACACAUAGACAGCCAAAAGAACAGCCGCAUCUUUGUCAGUGAGGUUCUUCCUGAUGGACUGGCCUUCAACGAAGGUUUGCGCCCAGGUGACGAGAUCCUGGUGCUGAACAGUCGGUGUGUGUCCGGUCUGGACCUGACGCUGAUCCAGACGUUGUUCGCCGAACAAUGCCUGCACCUGAGCCUGAGGCGGGACGGUCCCCUGCCACCAAACAUGGCCCCCAACCGUCCGGCCCUUCCUUCCAAGCUGAACCAGGAGGUUCGCAGCAAGCACCACCGAACCAAGUCCUCCUCAGAUGUGUGUACUGCAGCUGACGGUGUUGAGUCCCUGUGCGUAGGACUGGAGAAUGGUCACUCCCACUGCGCACACAGGCCUGUUCAGCACAGCAAGAGCGUGGACACAGUGUGCACUCUCUACCAGUCCUUCCAGGAAGGGACGGCCUCAGGCACUGGUGGUGUGAUGGAGGACAACAAGGAACCUCGGGUGAAGCAGGGAGGGGAGUUGGGUUCGGGGCCCACCAGAGAGGCCACCCUCAUCAGACCUUGCCCCAAGCACAUGAGUGCCACUGAAAGGUUACGAAAGGUCAUCCAGGAGCUGGUGGACACAGAAAAGUCCUACGUGAAGGACCUGGCCUGUUUGUUUGAGAUCUACCUGAAACCCCUGCAGAAUGAAACCUUCCUCACACUGGACGAGAUGGAGAGUCUGUUUGGCAGCCUGCCAGAGAUGUUGGACUUCCAGAGGGUGUUCCUACAGACGCUGGAGGAGAGGAUCGCCUCCUCACCUGACUUCAGCACCCUGGAGACUCCCUCACAGUUCAAGAAGCUGCUGUUUUCUCUUGGGGGUUCGUUCCUCUACUAUGCUGACCACUUCAAGCUCUACAGCGGCUUCUGUGCCAACCACAUCAAGGUCCAGAAGGUCCUGGAGAGAGCUAAGACAGAUCAGGCCUUCAAGGAAUUCCUGGAUGCGAGGAACCCCACCAAGCAGCACUCAUCCACCCUGGAGUCCUACCUGAUUAAACCAGUACAGAGGGUGCUCAAGUACCCCCUGCUGCUCAGGGAGCUGGUCUCUCUCACCGAUGCUGACAGCGAGGAGCACUACCACCUCACUGAGGCUCUGAAAGCCAUGGAGAAGGUGGCCAGCCACAUCAAUGAGAUGCAGAAGAUCUACGAGGAUUACGGCUCCGUGUUUGAUCAGCUAGUUGCUGAGCAGACUGGCCAUGAUAAGGAGGUCACAGAGAUCUCGAUGGGAGAGUUUCUCAUGCAUUCCUCAGUUGUCUGGCUCAACCCACAUCCAUCGUUGGGUAGAAUGAGAAAAGAUCCUGAAAUGACUGUGUUUGUGUUCAAGAAAGCGGUGAUAUUGGUCUACAGGGAAAACAACAAGCUGAAAAAGAAGAUGGCCAACCCUCGAUCAGCACUUUUUCACGGGGAUUCAGACCCGUUUAAGUUCCGAUGGCUCAUCCCGCUCUCUGCACUGCAGGUCAGAUUGGGAAAUACUGCAGGAACAGGCACAGAAAGCAGCUGCAUCUGGGAGCUGAUUCACUCCAGGUCUGAAGUGAAAGGGAGACCGGAGACUGUCUUCCAGCUGUAUAGCAGUGUGCCAGAGAGCAAGGUCAACAUCAUCAAGGUGAUCCGCGCCAUCCUCAGGGAGAAUGUGAGGAGGAACAUGAAGAGUGAAGGGACGAUGGACAGGAGCUGUAAGGAGCACCUGGCCCCCCUGCGCAGCACCCUGCCCUCCUCUGCAAGGCUAGGUUCCUCCAGGGCUUCCUGGUUGUGUAAGCAGCCACUUGGAGAUCUCUCCGCCCAAGCUGGGAAUACCAAGCUGGGGCCAGACUCAGAUGAAGGAAGUCUGAGCUGUGGAACCUGCAGUUCACCAGGGGCUCCUCCACCCUGCACCUCCUCUGACUCUAAUAUUCUCCCUGUCCAGCAGAACUGGUCUCAGACACCUGGGUCUAAUUCACAAUCCCGCUCCACCUCUGUCAAAGAGUCAGAUAUUUUAAGUGAUGAGGAUGAUGACGGCUUUAGUGAGGGGGGAACAAGGAGGGACAGUGGAGACAGCAGCUCCCCAGCUAGUGCCAUUGAGGCUCAAUUUCUCCAACUUAAACUCUCUGAGGACGCUGUCUCAAAAUGUGCACCGGCACCCUGUGUUCAACCUGAGGGAGUCGGGGACACUCCAGAGACCCAACCCAAACUGAUGCGUGGACACUUCAAUGCUGUUAAGAGGAAACCCAGCAGUUUCAGGAAGAGUCAGGGUGCACUGUUGAACAUGAAGGAGCAUAGCAGGUCACUGGACCAUCAGACGGAUGCAGCAUCAUCAUCUGGGGUGGUGGACUUCAACAUGUUGCUGGAGCGAGAGUUUAGUGUUCAAAGUCUGACGUCUGUAGUCAAUGAAGACUGUUUCUAUGACCCAGCUGAGAGCUGUGCCACCGACUCUGAAAAUACCACCUCCUCCUAGAGGGUAAGGUGGUUGAGACUAUACUGUACCUGGGCCACAGGUUAGUGGUCAUAAGAGGUCAGAGGGGCUGACCCUAGCCCAUUUAUCACAAUAGGGGAAGCCCCUGUCAUCCACUGUGGGCUGUACCAGGGUGACUGUGAAGCUGUGCCUCAAUUCCAAAGUUGGUUUAGUAAGCCACACGCCUGCCUGCUGAAGGGUUAGGUGUAAAUGAUAAAUUCUAAUGAAAACCUAUUGGCUAACAGACCCAGUUUUUCUCCCUAGAGAGGCGAAGCGAGGUGAUUUCUGUCCCCAUGAUUAUGACUGCAAUGAAUCUGCCAAGCACUGAUGCGUACCCGCGAUCACCUCGGUUCUCUUGGCUUUGCCUCCUCCCAACAAACUGUCUGAGUGACGUAUUCCCUCCAAGUUUCCCCUGCAGCUCAUACUGACUGGCAGUUUUUAUUCAGUUUUUGACCUUUUCCAGAAAGAAGUGGGGAGAAUGUCCUUGGUCUGUCAGGUUGGUCCUUCAGUCCCAAAAGUUGUAAGAGGAGGACAAGUCCACAGUGCAUCCUUGAGAUACUGAGGUAAAAUAAGUUUUUCAGACAUCCACUUAGGUGAUUUGGGACAGUUUUGGCACAGCAGGUUUUCACAUGGAUUCAGGAUUGGUGAAGUAUUCAUUUGUAUUUUUGGUUUCACAGAACCAAAAGACUGUAGGUCACCACUUACUACGAAUUGUAAUUUUUGUCAAAACUUAAAUGAAAGCAGGCACUGAGUUAAAGCUAUCACAGAGUAAUAAGAUCCACACCAAGAGCUGUGGCUGUCAAGUCAGACUCCCAGAUGAGAAGGGGCAUGGGCUUUAAUUAACAGGAAGUAGACUGACUUUUGCAACUAAGCCUUUUUGCGGUAUUUUGUGCACUAAAGUACACUGUUUGCCUAUAUAUUUGAAAUAUUUUUUAUUUGUACAGGUUUUAAUGUUAUUAAUGCUGUUUUUAUUUAUUAAUAGGUUUGAUUAUGUAUAUCUUAGCAAAGUAACUUUUUGGGUGAAGGCUUGAACACUUGGCUAAAGAUUUGGUCUACUCUUAAAUAAAAAAUAUGUAAUACAGUUUGGCGUUUAUUUACUUUUAAAUGUAGCCUGCUGGAUUUUGGCUGUCUUUUGCUGAAGAUUGUAAUUUCCAGUAUUUGCAUUUGAAUGUACAAAUGUUUGAUAUGGCUGCUUAAUUGAAUGAUUUAAACUGCAGUAAUGUUUAAAACCCAAUGUUUGUUUUUAUGUUUCUAUUUGUCCUGUAUAUAUGAUCUUUUCUAUCUUUGACACAUUUAUGUAUUCUCUCAUACAUACUUGACACUGUACAGAUGAGAAACAAGGCAGGAAUUUGCAACAAAUGCAACUGAUAUUUUUGUAAAACAUUGUUUGCCAUAGCAUAAAGUACAUGUUGAUGUACUAUAAAAAGGCAAACCGCAACAUUUUUACCUUCUCAGCUCAACUUUACCAUGCCUUUAAUGCUAGGAUACCAAUGAAUGUGAAUGCCCCAUUAUUCCAUUCUUAUGGAAUUGUUUUAUAAAUAAAAGUUUUAUUUGUGAA